AUGGCAUUUUCCGAAAGCGGCGCUAACACGAUGGUUCUUCGCAAGGUUCCUAUCAAUGUAGACGUCUUCGAAGCUCAAUUCGUCGAGGCUGAUGCCAGAUGCACUCGUAGAAAGUUCACAUGGGGAUCAUCUCGAUCAGAAAUCUCCAAGACACAGAAGGCGCACCUCACCAAGGCUGAGAUUCUUUCGAGUGCUAAGGUUUCAGGGUCCUGCCUGGAAACUCUAUGUUUGUAA